UGCAUUCGUUGCCAACAUCCGUCCCGUCGUGCUUAAUUGCUCUGCUCCUGAAGCUGGUUCGUUGAGUCCACUGUCGUAAAAGCAGAUAUCUGUAUUGUCUGUGUUAAGACAGAUUAUAAUCUUCAUGGGUGUCCUGUACCUUAACUGCUAGCCAAGGUCCCAGAGAGACAAUGAACUGUUAACAUUCGAUUGCAACUGCUGAAAUGAGACCAUUGAACUGUCGUACAAUUCCUCCCAGGCCAUAGUCACCUGAAAACGUAUGGUAGCUGUCAACAGGGAAAGCACAAACUGUUGAAAUCAAACGUUCCGGAACGACAAAUUGCGUGGUCUUUUUGGCGCCACAUUUUCAAUUACAUUAACCGCUAAGCUACCGGAUAUUUUAGAAUAUCAUACCAUAUAGCAAACAGUUCAGUAUAUUUUCCAUUUGGGUAAACACGUCGCUGCACAAUUGUCUAAGGUAAGUUUACAUUAUAAAGCUAAAUUGUCAUCACAUAUCACGCCGCAUUUCCAUAGCGGUAGAGCACAGUUUUUAUAGAUAGCAAUCGACGGUGACCCGAUGAACGCUUGCCUUUUUAUGGUAGCAGAUUGCAGAAGGCGAGACAUUUCGUCGUUAACCGUUUUGGUUUCUUUCCAAUGCCAACAAAAUGCGUUAAGUGGAAUGCGCUUCAGCUAGGAAUAUUAAACUGCAGGCAGCAGAUGUAAAACGUUUUCUUCGCGAAUACGUUAAACUAUUCAGAUAACUAAACGAAGCUUUGCAGCUCGCUGUAAUAACGGGACUUACUCAGUUCCUGAUGAAUUUUACAAAAAGUAUGUAUGAAAACUAAACACAAAAAUUUUACGUCAAUCUUUCCGAAGUAUGUUUGGCAUAUCCAUUUCAGAUUGAAAAAAAAAAAAACGUUUGUUGUUGGAAAAAAAACCAUGUGGAUUAUCAUUCCUAUGUUUCUGCAUUCCAGUUCUAUGUUUGACGUCCCAAUGUGUUAGACGCGGUGCACGAAUGUUGUGGAGAUUGUUCUUUGCAAGCUCAUGAAGUAGACUUCGCUCUCUUUCGGCAUUGCGCUAACAGCGCUGCGUUAUCGAUGAAAACGUAGGGUCAGAUGGUCGGUGCUUGAUACCACGACGAAGACGUAGGGAGAACAAGCUGUUAGCGAAACACAAUGGCAGCAGCAGUUGUAAUAUCUCAACCAGGAAACAACACCCCGCAAUAAUUUGCUGAUGGGUUUCAGAAAACUCCUCCUAUAAAGGUCGAAGUCCAACCCCGCUGACGGUGUAUAAAGCCUACCCCAGACGGAGCAAUUCCGGAGAUCUUUUCAGAUCUUUUACGUCCUCGAAAAGCGUCAUCAUCGCCGACAAAUAUUUAAACGAAGAAUCCCAAACAACAAUGUCGAAACAACAUUGUCUAACUCUCAUAGUCGUCGCCUUUGUGUUACAAGGCUGCUUUGCUUGUGACAGUCAUCCUGAAGAGCAAUUACAAGUGAACGAAAACGAGUUUGAUUAUUACUUUAAUUUUGUUCGUGAAUUGGUUCCUGACACGUUGGUUUACAGUAAACCCUUUUACCACCAGAAUGUUCCAGGUAUUUUUAAAGUAUAUGACAAUUCAUAUCGCCAGCCAGAGGGACGAAAUCGUCCCAACAAGCAGCAAACCACAGCUAAUCCAUUCACAAAAUACUUUAUCAGAAAAAUCGCUAAUGGUGAUCAACAGAAAAACCAAGCAGAGAGCCGUUUUAUCCUCGGCAGUUUGCUGAACGCAGCCGUCUUCAACAACCGAUUCCGCCCAGUAAACGCUUUCAGGCCACAUUUGGGUCGUAUGUCUAUUCGUCCACCUUUGCUGGAUGCUUGCAUAACGCCGAAUGGUGACGCCGGUGUAUGUACUUCGGGUUCGGUAUGUGCACUGUUUGGUGGACGGCCUAGCGGCUCCUGUAUCUUGGGAAAAGUUUGCUGCAUAAAUGAGGUUAACACCUGUGGGGGAACAGUUACACUUAACAAUACAUAUUGGCAAUCGCCACCCACGGAAAUAAUUGGGUCUACAAUCUGCGCAUUGAACAUCAAAUUAGACAGCAAAUUCAUAGAACAAAUAGCCAAACCGAUUUGCCAAAUCCGAUUGGAUUUCAUUUCAUUCUCCAUUGCGCAACCGACUGCCGGAACUUGCACAGACACUUUCCAAGUUGGAGGGGCUUCUACCACCCCACCCAUCAUUUGCGGUGACAAUAGUGGUCAACACAUGUACCUCGAUGUUCCAUCAACCGACCUUACUACUGAUAUUCAGCUCACGUUCAAUUUCGCACGGACAGCAACUCCGAGUUCUCGCUUAUGGAACAUCAAAAUUGCACUACUCCCAUGCGGCGCUCCGUAUCUCGCGCCUGUUGACUGUCUCCAGUAUUUUACAUCACCCUCCGGAAGAGUUAGCUCAUUUAAUUGGAAAGAUGUUCCAGUCACUGCUGUCCGCCAAUUAAACAAUCAAAAUUAUAACGCCUGUUUUAGGACUGAACUGAUUGACCGACAGAAAGCUACGGAAAUCUGCUUUUCAGUUUGCCCGACGACAAAUACGGGCGCCGGCUUUUCUAUUACCACCAAUGCCGUCGUUGCCGGUAAUUCCCUUUUAGGACUCGGAAAUAAUGUUCAAGGCUAUUGCACGUACGACUUUCUUGGCAUCCGUUCUGCAACCGAUUCCAUAACCGGUCUUGCAGGAGAUCGUUUUUGUGGAGAACAUCUUAACACAGCACGAGCGCCUAAUGGUGCCAGCACCAGCGUUCAAUUAUGCACCCCGAUAAAACCCUUUAAGGUUACUUACGUAACUGAUGGUACCGAAUCGGCAAUUGGUGCUCCGGCAUUAGUAGCGACUCCAGCAGACACUAAUAACGUUGGAUUUUGCAUUGACUACCAAGAAAGAGCAAAUUAAAUGUAACCUGAAUUUUAAUAUUGCUACAUACCAAAUCAAUUGUUGGUCGUCGAUUUACGCUUCUUGAGAUUAACUACCUUUUGUGACAGAUGCUGUUGUACUUCAACAUAUUCCCUCUUCACAAAGCAUUUGCAUUUUAAAAAAAUCAGUAGAACUUGCUCAAAAUUAAAUUCACCAGAAAGGAAAAAACAUAUGUAUGAAAAAUAGUUAGUUUCUGCACAGGUUUGAAAAUAUUCAACUUAAGAGCAUUAGUACUGAAAUCGUACUGACGAGUAAUUAAUUCGUUACCAUUAAUAGGUAUUACUGCAAAAUAGUUGUUUUGCAU